GUGAUGAAUUGACAGUAGUGAGUGAGAGAAGGCCUUAAACCCAAAUUCAGCAAAGCAGCGAAAAAUAGGAAUACAGGAAUGGAUCAUAUAGCAGCAGCAGAAGAGAGAUUGGUCAACGAGAGAUUGAGGCAGAAGCUGAAUGAGGUCAACGCCGCCGCACAGUCGCAUCUCGCCGGUGUACAAGACCACAUCAAUUUCACCCUCCAGCAAGCGUACUUCAAGUGUGCGUACGAGUGUUUUGACAGGAGGAGGAAACAAGACGAGAUUGGCAACUGUGUCGAGCAUUGCAGCACGCCUGUUCUCCAUGCCCAGAAUCUUGUCGAAAAUGAAAUGGCUAAAUUUCAAGAAAAAUUGCAGAGAUCUCUAGUGGUGUGCCAAGACAAGUACGAGGCGACCAAGCUUCAGGCAAACAGUGCGAACCCCAUGAGAGAUUUGGAGUCGUGUGUUGAACUGUCUAUUCAAGACAGCAUCAAUAUAAUGCCACAUCUUGCUGGAAAAUUGAAGGCGCAUAUGUCGAUUAGAGAUUAGAGACCAUGCCAUUUGUUCAAUGCUUGAAACUAGACCUUUUUGUCGUGUUAUUACAUCUUCUUUGUAUUUUCCGUAGAUUGAGGCAUAAAUUAAUCUACUGACUGUAGAAGUCCUUUUUUUGCAAAUUAUGAACUACUCAGAGUUAUGAACACUGUACCAGGGUACUUAAUUUGUCAUAAAUAAUACCAAAAACAUAUGAAAA